AUGCCAAUUUAUGUCCCAGCCACCAGCGGAGGGUUCGGGAUUGAAAGAGUGGUUGGGGGAAUUUUUGUCCUAGGAUUGCCAUAUGCUCUUCUCCACAGUGGUUACAGUGGCCUGUUUCUUAUUAUCCUGACUGCAAUGUUCUGCUGUUAUACUGGCAAAAUUCUAAUCGCCUGCCUGUAUGAAGAAAAUGAAGAUGGGCAGCUCGUAAGAGUGAGAGACACAUAUGAAGACAUUGCUAAUGCCUGCUGCAAAAAGCUGUUUCCCAGACUAGGUGGCAUAGUUGUCAGUGUGACCCAGGUGAUGGAACUGAUCAUGACAUGCAUUUUGUAUCUGGUUGUUAGUGGGAACUUGCUGUCACAUAGUUUUCCACAUGUACCAAUGACUGAGAAAACUUGGUCUGUAAUUGCAUUUGUAACAUUGCUGCCUUGUGUAUUUAUCAAAACUCUCAAAAUCAUUUCUAAGCUUAGCCAGCUUUGCUCCUUAGUCCAUUUCAUUAUCAUUUUUGUCGUGAUAACUUACUGUCUGACACAAAUACACCAGUGGUCCUGGACAAGAUUUAGAUUCUCCAUUGAGUUUGAGAAUUUCCUGGUCUCAAUUGGGGUGAUCAUUUUCAGUUAUACUUCACAAAUAUUUCUCCCCACCCUUGAAGGGAACAUGAAAAACCCAGGGGAAUUUAACUGCAUGUUAAAUUGGACUCACUUUUUUGCUUGUGUCUUCAAAACAGCCUUUGCAGUGACUGCAUUUCUUACUUGGGGUGAAGAGACAAAGGAAGUUGUUACUGACAACCUGCCAUCAUUCUUGCAAACCCUAGUGAAUUUGUGCCUCUUAGCCAAGGCUCUCCUCUCUUACCCAUUGCCCUUUUUUGCAGCCGCAGAAAUAGUGAAUGCAUGUAUAUCUAAAGGCAAUCAUUUUGGUAACUGUGCUCCCCUAUUUGGUCUAGUUUUAAGAGGCUCACUUCUUUUCUUAACUCUGCUGAUGGCCAUGUGCAUACCACAUUUUGCCCUGUUGAUGGGUUUAACAGGGAGUAUAACAGGGGCUGCAAUGACUUUUCUCCUUCCUUCUCUUUUUCACUUAAAACUUAAAUGGGAAAAGUUAGUGCUCCUGGAAAAAUGUGCCGACAUUUCUGUUUUUAUUUUGGGCUUCCUUUGCAGCCUGGCAGGUCUAGUUUGCUCAAUAAAGGGGUUGCUUGAAGCAUUUGGAGGCAGCUAA